UUGGCUUUCAACUCGCUCCUCACUGCCGCUUUUGUUGACUUGACCGAGCCAGAACAGUAGUCACGUGACGACAUGUACGGAGGUUAGGACAUUGCAGGGAAGCAACGCAACGUUCUCAGCCGUUCCGCGCUCUUCUUACUGCCAGCGGCCUUAUAUUACUGCUUUCUCUUUCGCCAGCUUGUCUCCGUCACCAGGGAGAGAACGACUCGUUCUUGAGCCCCGGCCAGUCCCACCCGCUCCCUGCACUUGGCAUUCUCCCCUCAGAUCUCGCCGCUUGCAUCCUGGCGUCGCCGCUAGUCUCAGCGCCAGGCUCGGCGCGCUGCGAUGGACGCCGUUUACGGCUUGCUGUCCGGCAGCUGGCUGCUCGGCGCGCCCAAGGUGCCGGAAAAGGCGGAGCCAGUUGAUGACGUGGACAAGGAAGCGCCUAAAGAAUGGACGACCAAGUACCCGUUCAGGAGCGACGAUCCGACGGAGCAGCGGCUGAAGCAGCUGCUGGACGCGUACGAGGAGUCGAGCCGACAGGGCGCGUCAGCGGCGUCGAACGCGACGCUGCUGGUGUUCCUGUCGGCGCUGGUGGAGGCGUACGCUGACUGGUUCCCCCCGGACCCCAGCGCGGACGCCGAUGACGCCGACGACGACGCGCAAGGGGGCGAGGGCGGCGAGGGCGAGGGGGAGGCGGCGGGGGAGCGCCUGGGGCAUCCGCUGGAGGUGGUGCGGUGUGUGGCUCGCCAGCUGGCAGAGUUUGCACGCGUGGCGAAUUCACGAGGGCCAUCCACGUCUGCAGAGGAGCAGGCAGCCAAUCAGGAUGCGCCAGCUGGCAGCGCACCAGAGGGUGUGAGCCGGGGCAGCUCGUCUCUGGGCAGCACGUCGCUCUGGAUCGCGUCGUUGGCUCUGGGGGGGGGGGGAACGGGCGAGGGGGGCGGGGCGGACAAGGGGGAGGCGGAGGAGGGGCGGGCGGAGGAGGAGGCGGCGGCGUGGGAUCGCACGAUGCUGGCUCUGCGCGCGGCGUCCAUCAUCUCGCGCAGCGCGUACAACCGCAAGCUGCUCGCCUUCUUCAGAAGCGUCUCCGCCGUCAUCCACAUCCUCACCGGCAUAUCAGCGGACCUGCGGGUGGCAGCAGCGCCCAUUAUCUCCCAUCCACUCGCCCCCUCGCCGCAACCCAACCCGCCUCGCCCCACACCGGGGAGGAGCAGCAGCAGCAGUGGGCGGGCGCCCGGCAGUGCGUGGGGGGCAGAGUUUGGGGUCAAGCAGACGGGGGCGGAGAGGGACGGAAGGGGGGGGGGGGCGGCAGCAGCGGCGGGGUGGUUGUCUGGGGAGCGGCGGAGUGUGCUGGUGGCGGUGCUGCUGAGCUGCGCCAUGAACGCGCUCUCGCUGCUCGCCAACUUCCUCGACGCCGAGAUGCACCGCAUCGCAGCCCGCGACGCCUUCCCCCCCGCGCACAUGCCUCCCCUCUCCUCUCUCGCACACACCCCUGCCCGCGCCUCCCCCUCCCCCCGCAGCGGCGCCCCCUCCCCCCGCCACCUGGCGUCCCCCUCUGCCCGCCUGAGGGGCAGCGGCAGGGGCAGCGGGCGGUGGCGGGGGCGGGGGCUGGGAUUUGGGGAGGAGCUGGCGGGCACGGCGUGGGGGGGCAGAGCAGGGGGGAGGGGGGCAGGCGGGGACGAUCCGUACGAGAGGAGGCGGGAGGUGCGCGCCAUCGUGGAGGCCGUGGAGACCAAGGGGCUGGCGGCGCUGCUGGCAUUGGUCCCCCCACUGCGUGAGAUCCAGACAAAGCGAGCCGCCCACUGCAUAGAGGCGGGCGGCACGCUGCUGCUGGCGCUGCAGGUGAUGCGGUCGGUGGUGUACGCCAGUGUGUCGGCGCGCGCCUCCUUCAUCGCCUCCGACGGGCUGCACCAGGCGCUCGCCCUCAUCACCUGGCCAACCCACCUCCUCAACUGCCACCUGGAGCGCAUCAUGGAGCUGGAGAACGAUCUGUUUGAGGAGUUCAGCAUCCAGCUGCUCGCCUUCUCCGUCAUCCAAGAAGCCAUCUUCCUGAACGCGGCGGCGCUGGAGAUGGUGCGGGACGUGCAGGGCUUCCGCUGCUUCUCUUGCUUCCUGCGCUGGGCCGCCUUCCUCUUCACCAAGUCCUCCUCUGCCCUCUCGCCUGCCCUCGUGCUGCCGCCGCAGCCCUGCCUGUUGCCCUCUCUGUCCACGUCCCUCUCUGCCCCUGGCGACGAGGUGCAGGUGGAGGUGGAGCUGCCGGCCAUUGUGGCGCGCCGCGACCCCAAGGCGCUGCUCUUCGACGGCUCCGUGGGAGCCACGCCCAAACGCACCCCCACCGCCGCCGCCGCCGCUGCUGCCGCUGCUGGGCCCACCCUCACCCUGCCUGCAAGUCUACGGAGCAGCAGCAACGGUGGCGGCGGCGACAAGGGCAGGGGCAGUGUGCUGGCAGCAGCAGGUGACGGCGGGUGGGCACGGGAGCGGCUGCUGGCGAGCGCGACGUUCAGGCGGCUGGCGGCGGAGCGCAACAGCACGGACGAGGCGCUCAUGGCGUGGAACCCCCACGCCGCCGUCGCCUGCACCGUGCUCUGCCGCUUCCUCGCCGACAGCAUGCCCUCCGCCACCAUGCGCAGGGGGCAUGGGUACGGACACGCCCAUGGCCACGACACGGGGUGGGACGCAAACCCAGAGGAGUAUCGGGAGCAAGCGGCUCGCAGUGUGGCGGGGGCGCUGCUGGGCGUGUUUGAGCGGCAGGCAGUGGGCGACUGGCACGACGAGGCGGCAGCGCGCAUGUUCCGAUCGCUGUCCCCCGCACUGCAGCUGUUCGCCACGCACCAGCUGCGCCGCAUCCUCGGGUCGCUCUCCUCCGGGGCUGACUACUUCCGCUCCAUGCGUGUGUGGCACGCGCUGCUCUCGCCUGUCUUCUUCUUCUUCGGGGCCCGCCUCAGGCCGCGCCAGGUGCUGCCCUUGGCGCACCUGCUGGGCCCCAAGGCUGCCGCACUUGCUCUCCUGCCACCGAUGCCUGCUGCUGCUGCAGGCGGGCAGGGCAUGGCGGCAGGGGGGCAGGGUGCUGCCAUGGGAGGUGGAGGCGGGGCGGCCAGUGAGGGGCAGUGGGGGCAGUCGUUUGAGUUUCAGAGAGUGAGCUCGGUUGGGGAGAGUGCAGCAGGGGCGGACCCUGGAGCAGGUGCAACAGAAGGGGGGUCGGGUGCUGUUGGCAGUGGGAGCAGCAGCACGGGCCAUGCCCUGGACUUGUCACUGGUGGACCCGUCUCUGGAGUACGUGGACGUGCCGGUGUCGGUGGAGGCGCAGCGGCUGCGGGGCGACAUAGUGGCGCUGGUGGAGCUGGCGGUGUCCGUGGACAUGGGGGAUGACUGCCUCACCGAGUGCGCGCUGCUGCUCGCCGCCCUCGAGGCCUGCUGCACGGAGCCCGCCCCUGCUGCCCUCCUGGUGCACGCGCUGCUGCGCCUGCUGCAGGCGGGGGGCAGCACCAUGGAGGCAGUGAGGGAGCUGGGAGCCGCCCCGCGCAUCGCCGCCAUCAUCGACAGACAGCACGCCGCCGCUGCCUCUGCUCACCCCUCCGCCACGCCUCCUGCCUCCCCCUCACAGCUCUCCAUCCCGCGCUCUAUCUCCCUCUCUGACCCUUCCUACCGUGUGCCCUCUGCCCUGAGCACAAACGGCGAGGAGGAGGAGGGCAGAGGGGCGUCGUGGGGUGGUGUGCGGGGGGCGGUGUUUGCUCUGCUGGAGGUGGCGCUGGGGGACUCCGAUGCCGCCCUCGUGCACGCCGCUGCCGACCCCCAUGUCUUCCUGCCGCUGCUGCGCCUGCUGUGGGACGCGGGCAGCAGGGAGUUCGCCCUCCGGGUGCUCAUCCUCAUGAUGCAGGCGCCCUUCCUCGACUCGUCUGCCGGCCAGCCCCUGCUGACGUGCUUCUUCCACCUGCUCUCCCACGCCGCCUCCCUCACCCAGCCAGGCACCGCGCUAGCAGUGGCGGGCCCAGGGGAGGAGGGAGACGGCAGAGAGAUGGCGGGGGUGAAGCAGCCAGGGGGGGCGGAUGGGAGGGGGAGGGAGGAGAAGGAAGAGAGGAAGCGGGGUGAGAGCGGAGGGGAACUUGAAGUGGAGGUAGUUGCUGAAGCGGGAGUGAGGGUGGACACUGGGGCCGCGGAGAUGGGAAGCACAGGCGAAGGUGCAGCAGAGGAUGGGCGGGGUGAAGGGGGAGAGCCAGGAGAGAAGGAGGGGGAGAGAGCUGAUGCAGUUGGCAAUGAGUCUGGAGACAAAGUUGACGAGUCGAUACAGCAGAGAGGCCCGAUGGAAGCACUCGAAGUGGCAGCAUCAGGUUUUGCAGUGGAAGCAGCGGGAGGGGGCGAGCAGGGAGGGAGAGAGGGGCUGCGUGAGGUAGUGGCAGGGCGAGCGGUUGCUCUGCUGGACGACCUGCUCUCCUCCGUGCCUGACAUCGUCACUGACCCCCCCGCUGCGGCAUUGCAGCAGCGGUGUGUGGAGGCAGGUGCGCUGCAGCAGGUGCUGGCGGUGCUGGACGCGCGGUACGACGAGGGCGACAGCCUCACCGUCGCCCUCGCUGCCCUGCGCUGCCUCACCUGCCUGCUCGCCGCCAACCAGUCCUCCAAGGCAGCCAUGGUGCGAGUGGCAGGGGCGGGGUACACGGCCCUGCAGAGGAGGAUCCAUGCGCUCACGGGGGGGCGGCCGUGCCAGGCGGUGCUGGACGCAGUGCUCACCAUGGCCACCGACGGCGCUGAUGGCGGCACCUUGCACAACCCCAUGGCGCGAGCCACCAUCCAGAAUGGCGAUGCGCUCAUCCUCUGGCUCUCUCUGCUGCGCACGGCGCCAGAGCGGCAGGCGUGUGUGGGACUUCAGCAGCUGCAGGCGUUGCUGGACGACUCCACAGCGUCGUGCGCCGAGUGCACGCGCGCCUCGCUCAUGUGGCACCUGCUGCACUGGCUCUCCACACUCGACCAUGACUCCCCCUCUGCCACACCCCACGACUCCGGGCUGUUCACACAAGCACUCACAGGCGCUGGCACUGGCGCAUGGGACAAACAGCAGCAGGUGGCAGCAGGGGGGGAGGGGGGAGGGCGAGGGGGCAGGGCGCAGUUGGUGGGUGCGGUGGCGCUGCUGGUGGAGACGCUGGGGCGGCACAGCAUGAGCGGCAAGGAGAUCACCGCCGUCUUCCACCUGCUCAGGCAGGCGCGCUCGGGCAGCCGCGCCCAGCACGCAUCGCUGCUGCUGCGCACGCUGCUGGGCGCCAUCAAGGACGAGGGGCCCUCGGGCUUCUUUGAACUCAACGGUAUCGACUCGGGCUUCAAGCUGCCCCCCGACCUGCACUUCCCCGGCCCCCGCGGCUACACCUUUGUGUGCUGGCUGCGCAUCGAGGCCUUCCCCCACUCCCCCGCCUCGCCCUUCCCAUCCUCGCCCCCGGGCAACCCCUGGGCCUUCGACGCCGAUGGGCGCCUGGAGGAGGCGCGCGCGGCGGGGGCAGAGGGGGGGGCGAGAGAGGGGUGGGAGGCGAGCCGCGAGGGCGCAAUGGCGCUGUUCAGCUGGCACACGGACCUGGGCGCCGGGUGCAGCGCCUUCCUCACCCCGGACGACCUGCUGCUGCACGUGGGGGGGGCGGCAUCACGGGAGGCGGUGGUGGGUUUGCCGCACCAGCUGCGGCUCAAGUGCUGGCACCACGUGGCCAUCACGCACAGCGCGCCCACCUUCUCCACCCCCAGCACCGUGCACCUCUUCGUCGACGGCCAGCCCGUGGCGUCCUCAAGGGCCAGUUUCCCCCGCAUCUACGACCCGCUCACGCGCUGCACCAUAGCAGCGUGGGCGCCACUCCCCCAAGCUGCCCCUCACGCGCGCACCCUGGUGGACGACGACGACGAGGUGACGGCGCUGGGCAUGGCGCCGCCGCUGUGCGGGCAGCUGGGUGCGCUGCACGUUCUGGACGACCCGCUCUCGCCCGACCAGGUCGUGGCGCUGCACCGCCUGGGCCCGCGCCACGCGCACGCCUUCCUGCCCUCCGAGCUGUCCCUCCUGCCGGGGUCCGCCGACUCGCCCGUGCGCGCACUGUUUGACGGCAAGGACAGCCUCGCGCCGCGCAUCGCCCUCAGCCUCACCGCACACGCCACGGCGGGCGGCCACGUGCUGGACGGCACGCCCUUCUGGGAGCAGCCCGGCAGCACGAGAAAAGUUUGCGAUGCGGUAAUGCUGCCGGGCGUGCAGGUGUGCCAGCGGCAUCGGCUGCAGGACGUGCUGUCGUGCGUGGGAGGGGUGGCUGUGCUCUUCCCCCUGCUCACCCAGCUGGACGAUGAUGACAGGAAUGACGGGGCAGGGGGCGAGGGCGAGGAGGGGGGAGUGUGGGAGGCAGGGGGGACGCACCUGGCAGUGGACGUGGUGUGCCUGCUGACGGAGGUGAUGGCAGGCAGCGCCGCCGCACAGCAGUUCAUGACGGUGGUGGGGGGCUUCGCCGUCCUCAACUUCCUGCUGCAGCGCGUGCACCCCCGCCACCUCACCGUCAGCCUCGUCCUCUCUAUAGAGAGCCUCACCAACAGCAUUGCUGCAGAAAGGGACUCCGCCAUGGCGGAGCAGCUAACUCGUUCGGCGUGGAGCGAGCUGUACCUGGACCUGGCGCUGUGGAUCUACGCGCCGUACGCCGUGCAGCGCGAGAUGCUCGAGUCCUUGCUGCGCCAGGUGGACCGCAGUCCCGCCCUGCUGCCCGCCGUGUGCCCGCUGCCCCGCCUGCUCGACCUGCUGCGCCGCUUCUACUGGCACGUACCGCAGGGCCGCUCCGUGGCAGGCCUCAAGCCGCUCGUGCACGCCGUGUCACGCACUGUCAUUGGCCGCCGGCCCGAGGAUGCUGACGUGGCGAAGCUGAGGCUGCUGCUGCUGAGGCUGGCGGAGUACAGCGUGAGGGACGGCUUCUCCCUGGCGGACGUGAGGGCGGUGGCAGCCUUCCUGGAGGGCAGCAAGGACGCCAGCAGCGUGCGCGAUGUGCUGCUCGCGCUGCUCUCGCUGCUCUCGCGCCCAGCUCUCCUCACGUCCUUCACGACACAUGUGUAUUCGCUCACCGGCUGCCACCUCUUCCUCAACCUCCUGGCACGGCCAGAGGAGGACGUGCAGUCGCUGGGGCUGCGCCUCAUAGCAGCGCUGCAGGGGGAGCGCCGCCUGCGCCUCAUCCGCGCCUUCUCCUCCUCCCCCGCGCCCACCCCCUCGCCCUCCACCACCCCUCCGCCCAUCACCGACGACCUCGCUGCACGUGCGCUGCUGCAGGGCGCCCCCUCGCCCUCCCCCUCGUCGUCUGCUCUGGUGGGGGGCGCUUUGCCGUCCCCCGUUGGUGGGGGAGGGGCGAGCAGGGAGCGGGUGCGCGAGGACGUGGAGCAGGCGGAGGCCAUGUUGGGCGUGCUGCUGGGCGUCAUGGCGCGCCAUGCCUGCCGCGUCACGCCCCUCGUGCACUCCAUCCUCUUCGACAUCCUCCUCGCCCGCCCCCUGCCCAGACCCUUGCCCCACCGCAGCAGCACCGUGUUCUCCCACCACGGCCCGCUCAGCCCCAUGCAAGCGUCGCCCUCCAUGCGCCUGCUCUCCCCCGCCGCCUCGCUCUCAUCCUCCUCCUCGUCCCUCGCCUACCCCUCCGACCUCUCCUCCUCGCACCCCUUGCUGCCCCCCGCCUCCCUGGACCGCCCGCGAGUGUUCGUGGUGCCGGAGGCCGUGGCGCUGCUGCUGCCGCUGCUGGCAGGGGGGCGCGCGGAGGGGGGUGUGGCGGGGGCGGCGAUGAAGGAGCUGGCGGACCACGUGGUGGGCAACACCGUCAACCCCCGCCUGCUGCUGCAGCAAAAGGGGUGGCAGAUGGACCUCAUGGCACUGCUCGUGCACAUGCGCUCUCGCCUCUCCCCGGCCCCUCACCCCGCUGCCACUGCCGCUGCCGCCCGCAGCAGCAGCCCUCUUGGCAAGGGGUCCACGGCAGCGAAUGGGUGGAAUGGGGAGAGCAGGGGCGGGAGGGGGAGUGCGGAGGAGGUGGGGGAGGAGGAGUUGGAGGAGGCGGAGGUGGUGUGGGAGCAAGUGAGGCGCCUGCUGCUGGCCACGCACGCACAUGCGCUGCAGCACAGCCCCACGGGCUGGCAGCACGUGGCCGACACUGUGGGUGCCAUCCGCACAUUCGCCCAGCAGGGCAAGCUGCCGUACCACCUGGUGCUGCGCCCGCUGCUGGCCGAGCUCAUCGCCGUCCAAUCAGGCCUCUCCUCGCGGGGUGGUGCCGCCCAGCAGUCUACAGGCCGCAACAACUGCCUCUACCUGUUCGCCCUCGUUGACGAGUUUGCCCUGCAUGACUCGCGCCGCAUCUUCCCUGCGAAGGAGCUGAUGACGUCAGGCGUGGUGGAGGCGGUGGACGGGCUGGCCGGCAUCACCACGCCGCGCUCCCACGGCCCCCGCACCCCCCACGGGCCCGCACUGCCCCCCUCCCCACACCACUCCUCGCCGCCCCUCUGGCAUAACUCCGGAGGGGCGCUCUGGGGGGAAGGGGGGACGAGCAGGGGGAGGGGGGGCAUGGGGGAGGGGGAGGAGGGGGAGGAGGGGGAGGAGGAGGGUUUGGGGGGGAGAGCAGGGCAGGGCGGGCAGCGGGAAAAGGGGUCGGUGUCGGGGGACGAUGCCUACUUCCGCCCGCUCACCCCGCCAGGCUUCGCACGGCCGUUGACUCCACCUGGCAUGAGUCCCUUGGGAGCGGCCACCCGGGGGUUUGUCGCCCCUGCUGCUGGCAGUGGGGACGAGGGAGGCGGGGAGGAGGAGUUCAGAGACAUGAGUCUGGACGUGACCAGCGGGCGCACCCCUCUGGAGCUGGACUCAGUGGCAACCAGCGUUGACCUGCUGGACUGCAACGUGGACCUUGACGAUUCCAGUGGGGCGGGCAGUGGAGGCUCCCCUGUGGAAGAUGGGCGCACGAGAGGGGGGGGAGUGGCAGCGGUGGGGGAGGAAGGGGAGGAGAAGACGAGACACGGGGGUGGAAGAGCAGAGGAGGAUACCAGCUCGCACCCAUGGGAUCAGCUGCUGCAGGCGGAGGACGCGGAGUUCCGCUGGAAGGCGUACGACGGCUUCUGGGCGCUGCUCACCCUCCUGCACAACAAGGCCGACGCCGCCGCCGCCCUCUCCGCCGGCCUCUUCCGCUCCUUCCCGCGCUCCUCCUCCUCCACCGCCCUGCCGCUCUCCCGCCUGCUGCCCCUCGCCCCGCCCGCGCCCUCCAAGGUGGACCUGGACGCGGUUCUAGGGGCGGACGGGGGAGGGCACUGGGGGUGCAGCACGGAGGAGAGACUAGAGCAGCUGGGGAAGGAGAAGUGUCCGCGGGUGGUGUUCCGCCUGGUGCUGCUGUACGCGUACGAGGCCACGCUGGAGGGGCUGCAGCGCUGCCUGCACCAGUUCACUGUGCUCAUCCCCGUCAUGCUGGGCGACGACAGCGAGGGGCAGCGCAACCGCUUCCACCUCUUCCUGUGGUCGCUGGUGCAUGCGCACUCGGCCAUCGGGCACAUGGACGACGGCGUGCGCGGGGACGUGCUCUGCCAGGCGGUGCACGACAUCGUGGUGUCCAGCGCUGCCCUCUUCGCCCACCCUAUCAGGGCGGGCCUCAGAAUAACGCCCAGCAACUCGGGGUCGGACGAGGAUGACGAUCUGGAGGCGGCCAGAAAGCUGGUGCAGCAGCAGAGAGUCGAGGCCGCAGUGGAGGAGGAGAUAGGGCACAUGCUGUCAGCCGUGGCACAAUGGGACAACGAGUUGUCUCAAGCGCGGCACGAGCACGAGACGGUGCGGGCGCAGCGAAUGCGGCAGCAGGGAGCCUUCCAGGAGCUGCAGCGCAUCGCCCUCUCCGACCUGCUCGACAGCGACAGCCGCCGCCGCGCCGCCGCUCGCAUCAGCUAUGACGAGCAGCAGGAGAGGGUGAAGGGCGUAUGGGAGCAGCUGUACCGCGAGAUGACCAGCGAGCGAGGCCCCUGGUACUCGCCCCCCUCCUCCUCCUCCUCAAUUGGUCCUCUCGUCCCAGGCACCACACCGCCGACCACCCUCUCGUCGUCCCCCGCGGUGCAGCGGUGGAAGCUGGACAAGAGUGAGGACGCGCAGCGCCGCCGCUUCCGCCUGCGCCCGCACCUGCGCUUUGACCAGGCCAUGUGCCGCCCGCCCGUGGAGGGGGGCAGGGGCACGGGCAAAGGGGGAGCGGGGGCGGAGGAGAAAGAGGUGGGGGGCGAGGGCGAGCCGGGGAGGGAGGUGGUGGCGCGGGUGAGAGCGGCAGCGGCGGCGGUGGCAGGGCGGGAGGGGCGGGUGGGGGGUCUGGCAGAGAAUGCGUCGAUCCGCGUGGAGAAGGAUCUGCUGGAGGAGGUGGCCAUGCUCACAGAGGAGACCCGGACCGCACAGGAGGGGGCAGGCGCAGGGGGGCCAGGGGCGGUCGUGGCGGGGGCAGGUGCGGGUGGGGGAGGGGAGGUGGGCGUGCGGUCUGGCGGGUCGCAGCUGGGGCUCAGAUUCGAUACCGAUGACGAGGUGGUGACGAGCCUGCCGUGCGUGAUGCUGACGGCGAAGCGCAAGCUGGGCGGGCGCAUGGAGCUGCGGCACCGCACGCUGCACUUCUUCGCCGACUUCGUCUUCGAGGGCACCGCUGGCUCGUCACUCUUUGCCGCCGACGGCACCCUCAGACCGCCGCAGGGCGGAGGCGGCGAGGCGGAGCGCGGCGCGCCCAAGGUGGGUCCGCGGGAGCGGUGGCGGCGCGUGACGCAGCGGCUGCUGCUGGUGGCGAAGCUGCAGCCCACGGAGAAGACGCUGGGGCGGGCGAGCGUGCGGGCGGCCAAGGACCCGGACGUGCUGGAGGAAGUCAAGAUGCACCGCCAGUGGCCGCUGGACGAGCUGAGCCUCAUCCGCGUCACGCGCUUCCUCCUGCGCCACACGGCGCUCGAGCUCUCCUUCACCUCGCCCGCCGCGCGCCCGCCCGCCCUCUUCACCUUCGCGUCGCCACGCCUUGCGGCCGACUUCGCCUCCAAGAUCGCCGCCGUGGCCAACGCGUCGGCGCGCUCGUCCCGUGCGCGUGGGGAGCACGUGAUGGUGGUGGACCGCCGCCGCGCCGCGGAGCGCGCGGAGAAGGCGGCGGCGGCGUGGCGGGCCCGUGAGCUGAGCAACUUUGAGUACCUGAUGGCACUGAACACGCUGGCGGGGCGAACGUACAACGACCUGGCGCAGUACCCCGUGUUCCCCUGGGUCAUCGCGGACUACGAGAGUGAGCACCUGGACCUCACCAGGGAGGAGACGUUUCGAGACCUGUCCAAGCCCGUGGGGGCGCUCAACCCCAAACGACUGGAGAUGUUCCGAGAGAGGGCAGAGAGCUUCCGAGACCCCGAUAUCCCAAGUUUCCUGUACGGGUCGCACUACUCCACGGCUGGCAUUGUGCUCUUCUACCUCCUGCGCCUUGAGCCCUUCGCCACCCUCAGCUGCCGCCUGCAGGGCGGCAAGUUCGACCAUGCGGACCGGCUGUUCCACUCGGUGGCUGUGACGUGGGCCAACUGUCUGACCAACACGAGCGACGUGAAGGAGCUCACCCCGGAGUUCUUCUACCAGCCCGAGUUCCUCGUCAACUCCAACCACCUCUACCUCGGACAGUGCCAGGACGGCUCGCAGCUCAACGACGUGCGCCUGCCACCCUGGGCCAAGGGCUCCCCGGAGCUGUUCAUCCAGCUGAACCGGGAGGCGCUGGAGAGCGAGUGGGUGAGCGCGCAUCUGCACCGUUGGAUCGACCUCAUCUUCGGGUACCAGCAGCGCGGGCUGGCGGCCAUGGAGGCUGACAACGUGUUCUACUACCUCACGUACGAGAACGCCGUGGACAUGGACGCCCUCACCUCGCCCAUCGACCGCGCCGCCAUUGAGGAGCAGAUCGCCGCCUUCGGCCAGACACCCGCCCAGCUCUUCCGCCGCCCCCACGAGCCCCGCGGCCCACCCCUCCGCGCCGCCCGGCCCCUGCUGCACCGGCCGGCGUCCCUCGUUCUUUCUGCUGUGGUGCCGGCAUGCCCCCCUGCUGGUGGUGGGGGCGAGGUGGGGGAGGUGCUGCGGCAGCAGUGGGAAGUGGGCGUGGUGUUCGUGGGGGUGGCACAGGGGCGCGUGGUGACGGUAACGAGGGGGCAGUGCAUGGCAGCUCGAAUGUGGAACACUCCGGCCAGCUCAGGAUACCAAGUCAUGGCCUCGGACGCGCCCUUCUCUCUCAGCGAGCCGCUCAUCUCUCGCCGCAUCGGGCCGCCCUUUGCCUCCACCAGUGCUGACGUCAGCCCUAACUGCUUCGCUCUGCUGCGCGGCGCCUCAUCGCCCUUCCUGCUGUCGGCGGCCCACUGGGACUGCGCCACGCGCCUCGUGGCCGUCAGUGACGGGCGCACCGUGCAGGCCGUCCGGCAGCACACGGAUGUCGUCACGUGCCUCUCAGCGUCAUCGGACGGCCUGUGGAUGGCCACGGGCAGCCGCGACACAACGGUGAUGGUGUGGCACGUGGACCGCGCGCAGCCGCGCCCCUCUGCCGACCCGGUGCUGCCGUGCAAGCCGCACGUGGUGCUGUGCGGCCACGACGACGUGGUGACGCAGGUGCUGGCGGCCUCGCCGCUGGACCUGGUGCUGUCGGCGUCGCUGGACGGCUCGCUGCUGCUGCACGCGCUCUCCUCGGGCCGCUUCAUCCGCUGCAUCCGCCACCCGCGCCGCCACGCCGUGCAGCGAAUGGCGGUGAGCCAGCUGGCGCUGGUGGCGGUGCACUCAGAUGCGGACGGGUGGCUGCGCGUGGCGUCCAUCAACGGCAAGUGGCUUGCUGCCACGCCCACUGGGGCUGCCGCUGCUGCUACAGAGAAGCACACGGAAUGCGGUGCCAGUAGUGGUGACACUAGUGCAGGUGUGAGCAACGGUGGUGGAAGCUGUGUGUCUGGGUUCGGCAGUGAGUCAACAGACGGCCAGCAGGGCCAGGCACUGGUACCAUCUGCGGCAUCAGCACCGCUAUCACCACCAGUGGCAUCAACAGCAGCAGCAGCAGCAGCGGGGGACAGUGUGACAUGCAUGGCAGCCAGUGCGUGUGGUGAGUUCCUGGUGACGGCAGGGGCGGCGGGGCGUGUGACGGUGCGGUCGUUCUACUCCCUGGCGACAGUGGCGGUGUACGAGGGCGUGGGCGUGGCGGCGUGCUCCAUCGCCGUCACCCGGGAGGACGCCAUCCUCAUGGGGCUGGAGGAUGGCCGCCUGCUGCUCUACUCGCUGGGCGCUGAUGCUGCCACUGACUGACCACACGUGCUAACUUAGCCGUGCCACUGCUCUUGCCGUACGAUAGUAGUAGUAACUGCCAUGGCCAUGUCUCACAGAGAGCAGCAGCUCAUCUCUCUAAAAAGGCAACUAGUAAAAGCUCCUGUGUGGCAGUGGCUUUGUUCAAUGUCGUCAAGCAGCACCUCUGCUUGGCUUUCCCCGUAUCGUUUUGUAUUGCACUUAGGGCGAAUUCCUAUGAAGUUGGAUCAGAAUCAAUAAUGUUCUUGAUCCUGCCGUUUUUAAACAUGGGGAUCAACAAUUCGUCUGCGAUCCGACGUGUACACCCGAGUGCUCCCACACAAACUUCGCUGCAACGUCGCCGGGGGGGACGCCAUCCCGGCGGGGCUGGGGGAAGGUCGCCUGCUGCCCCACCCGCUGGGCGCCAAUACUGCCACCGAUGGACUGUAUGUGCUGAUGUUGCCAUGCCACUAUGUUCUUGCCGUACAAAAGAGAAAAGGAAAUUACGAUGCGCAUGGCUUGUGGAACGGCAGCAGCUCGUUGCACUAGCAUAGCUAGUGGUA